UAAGAGACAAACAGUGCUGCCCAAGAGUGAGCAAGAGAGUGGUUUGGGGAAAAAAGAAUUUCACAGGGAGGAAGGGAUAAGGCUACUUGUGCUUGGUGAGGGUGCUGAGCAAGAAGUAGAAAGAGAAGUAUCAGGAGAGAGCCAGGGGUGAGGUGAGCUAGAGGAAGGGACAGGAGACACAGCAGUGCUAUUUCAAGAAGGAACAACAGAAGGGAACCUAAGAAUUCACAGCCGGUCUGAAGUGAAGGCAGCAGGGUGCAGAGGCAGUGAAAGAAGGCCAGAGUGAGCACGAGCGCUGCGGGAUGAACUUCACAGUGGGUUUCAAGCCGCUGCUUGGGGAUGCACACAGCAUGGACAACCUGGAAAAGCAGCUCAUCUGCCCCAUCUGCCUGGAGAUGUUUUCCAAGCCCGUGGUGAUCCUGCCCUGCCAGCACAACCUUUGCCGCAAGUGCGCCAACGACGUCUUCCAGGCCUCGAACCCUCUGUGGCAGUCCCGGGGCUCCACUGCUGUGUCUUCAGGAGGCCGCUUCCGCUGCCCAUCUUGCAGGCAUGAGGUCGUCCUGGACCGACACGGGGUCUAUGGCCUGCAGCGAAACCUGCUAGUGGAGAACAUCAUUGACAUUUAUAAGCAGGAGUCCUCCCGGCCACUGCACUCCAAGGCUGAGCAGCACCUCAUGUGUGAGGAGCACGAGGAUGAGAAGAUCAACAUCUACUGCCUGAGCUGCGAAGUGCCCACCUGCUCUCUCUGCAAGGUCUUUGGUGCCCACAAGGACUGCGAGGUGGCCCCACUGCCCACCAUUUACAAACGCCAGAAAACUGAGCUCAGCGAUGGCAUCGCAAUGCUGGUGGCAGGCAAUGACCGCGUACAAGCUGUGAUCACACAGAUGGAGGAGGUGUGCCAGACUAUCGAGGACAACAGCCGCAGGCAGAAGCAGUUGUUAAAUCAGAGGUUCGAGACCCUGUGCGCUGUGCUGGAGGAGCGCAAGGGUGAAUUGCUGCAAGCACUGGCCCGAGAACAGGAGCAGAAGCUGCAGCGCGUCCGCGGCCUCAUCCGUCAAUACGGAGACCACCUGGAGGCCUCCUCUAAAUUGGUGGAAACCGCCAUCCAAUCCAUGGAGGAGCCACAAAUGGCGCUCUACCUCCAGCAGGCCAAGGAGCUGAUCAAUAAGGUCGGGACAAUGUCGAAGGUGGAGCUGGCAGGACGACCUGAGCCAGGCUAUGAAAGCAUGGAGCAAUUCUCCGUGAGCGUGGAGCACGUGGCUGAAAUGCUGAGGACCAUCGACUUCCAGCCGGGCGCUGCUGCGGAGGAAGAGGAUGAGGAGGUGACAUUGGAAGGAGAUGAGGGCAGCGCAGGGCCAGAGGAAGAACGGCAGAGCGUUCCAGAAGGCCUGCACUGACCCGAUCCCGGUGGAGAGCCCGCGCGCCUUGCGCCAGGGUGGUGGAAGAUCUGCGCAGAGACCACCGCACUGCCCAGCUCGGCACCUCACCUCGGGGAGGGCCUCAAUAAAGGACUCUUGCACCCCAGACCUGUA